AUGCUUGCUGCAAGAGAUGGUGGCAAUCUUGUGACCAUUCUGAAUACAUCAUGGAAGGGUGUGAUUACAUUGCUUCAGAUAGACAAGCAGAUGGUCUCUGAGGUAGAUAUUGGAGAAAUCAUUUUAAAGCUAAUAUCACUGAUCAAGGAGUCUCUGAGAUUUGCUGCUGAGGCUUGGUCUUGCUCAGGGAAGGAAAACGUAUCUGCAACAGAAGCUAGAAGGGUCUUUCUUCCUGUGAAAUUUUAUCUUAUCAAUGCUGUUAAAGUUGUGGCGCUGUUUCCAAGCCAGGCGUCUUUGGUGUUCAAAGAAAUAGCACUCUGCGUCUUGAUGAUCUCUGCUUUCAAAGUUUUACUGAGCCAACAAUCCCAUGGCAAAUCCGCCGGUGAAGUUAUGACUGAUCUUCUAGAGAAAACAACAUGUUUCAUCUCAAACCAUGUUAGUAAGAAACAGAUCCAUGAUUCUCAGGCAAAAACAACAUUGGUGGAUAUCUUGUCUUUAUCUGUUGAAUCUGCGACAAGUGCAAGAGUCUUGCUCCUGGCCCGAGUUGUAUUGUUUCAGUCUGUCAUGAGGUAUUCUUCUGAGCUUGAAGAAGAUGCAAAGUUAGCAGUCACCACAAAGCUGCAAUGGCUUCUCGACGUAUUAAUAGACGCAGAGGUUUACUCUUCAGUCCUUUCCUCUCAGCUUCCAGUGGCAGAUGGUUCUGGGAAGACAAUAAUCUGGGAAUCGAUGUAUUUCAGUUCUGAUUCUAUCUCUCAAGACCCUUAUGAUUAA